AUGUGGCGCAGAAACCAGUGGUUGGUUUUGAAGUGGGUUGACGGUUACAGACGACGGAGUGACGACGGCGACGGCGCUGGGUUUGGUGGUGGCUGUGCUUUACUCACAAACCAAACAGAUAGCUACAAGCUUGAUGACGUUAUUGAUCUUGUGAUCCCAAGAGGCAGCAACCAGCUUGUUUCUCAGAUUAAAAAUGCUCCUGUUUUAGGUCAUGCAGAUGGAAUCUGUCAUGUAUACGUCGACAAGGCUUGUAAUGUGGAUAUGGCUAAGCGCAUAGUUUCUGAUGAAAAGUUGGAUUAUCCAGCAGCUUGCAAUGCCAUGAAAACUCUUCUUGUGCAUAAGGAUCUGGAGCAGAACGCUGUGUUCAAUGAGCUUAUAUUUGCUCUGCAGAGCAAUGGAACAACCAUUGACAUAAAAGCAGUCACUACCCAAGCACAGGCCAGGAACUCGAGAAUAUAAAAGAAACCACCUUGAAGUCAUAAUGCAACCAUCUUUACUUAAGCAGUCUAGAAGAGAGAACACCGGCUGAUUCAAUCAUUUCAGCAUCAAUUAAGUUUAUACUUAACUGGACCACUAAUUCUAUGUGUGUAGUAGCCUGGUUUUGUUUUCGAAAUACGGUUGCAGAAGGUGAAACCAAACAGAUAUCGAUAAUAUGCAUAUUUUUACGUGGUAUGCAUAACUUCUGUUACACUGUAAAUCAAAUUAGACUAGGUAUCUCUUUCUAUUUUCCUGUUACUUUGAUUGUGUUAUAGUUGAGUCCUGCUUCUCAUUUCAUAAGGCUUUCUCCCACAAAAAAACUGCAGAAGCAAAGCAUGUUUAGAGCUUAGUUCCGCG